UAGGUUUGCUUAUUGUGUUUUUCAGAGAAAAGGAAGGGAAGAGGUAUUAGAAAAAAAGCAAUCAAUAAUAACUGAUCUACCACAAAGUUAGAAGAAAAGAAUUUAAUCAAGAAAGACUGUAAUAUGGAUUUAGAGCUCAAGGAGUAUUAUAAUAAGACACUUGCUGCAGAGAAUGAUUCUGCUGCCACUCGGAAUUCUGAUUUCCCAGUCUGGGAUGAUUAUAAAAGCAGUGUCGAUGACUUGCAGUAUUUUCUGAUUGGGCUCUAUACAUUUGUGAGUCUUCUUGGCUUUAUGGGGAACCUACUUAUUUUAAUGGCUCUCAUGAAAAAGCGUAAUCAGAAGACUACAGUAAACUUCCUCAUAGGAAAUCUGGCCUUUUCGGAUAUCUUGGUUGUGCUGUUUUGCUCACCUUUUACUCUGACCUCUGUCUUGCUGGACCAGUGGAUGUUUGGCAAAGUCAUGUGCCACAUCAUGCCUUUCCUCCAAUGUGUGUCGGUUUUGGUAUCAACUUUAAUUUUAAUAUCAAUUGCCAUUGUCAGAUAUCAUAUGAUCAAACACCCUAUAUCUAAUAAUUUGACAGCAAACCAUGGCUAUUUUCUGAUAGCUACUGUUUGGACACUAGGUUUUGCGAUUUGUUCUCCUCUUCCAGUAUUCCACAGUCUUGUGGAACUUCAGGAAACUUUUGGCUCUGCGUUGCUAAGCAGCAAGUAUUUGUGUGUUGAAUCAUGGCCUUCUGAUUCGUACAGAAUUGCUUUCACUAUCUCUCUCUUGCUAGUUCAAUAUAUUCUACCGUUAGUUUGUCUAACUGUAAGUCAUACCAGUGUCUGCAGAAGUGUAAGCUGUGGAUUGUCCAACAAAGAAAACAGACUUGAAGAAAAUGAGAUGAUCAACCUCACUCUUCAUCCAUCCAAAAAGAAUGGGCCUCAGGUAAAACAGUCCAGCACUCAAAAAUGGAGUUAUUCAUUCAUCAGAAAACACAGAAGAAGAUACAGCAAGAAGUCAGCAUGCGUGCUACCUGCUCCAACAAGACCGCAAGAGAACCGUGCGAGAACUCUUCCAGAAAAUUUAGGUUCUGUAAGAAGUCAGCUCUCUUCAUCCAGUAAGGUCAUACCAGGGGUCCCCACUUGCUUUGAGGUGAAACCGGAAGAAAAUUCAGAUGUUCAUGAAAUGAGAAUAAAACGUUCUGUCAUGAGAAUAAAAAAAAGAUCUCGAAGUGUUUUCUACAGACUGACCAUACUGAUAUUGGUGUUUGCCGUGAGUUGGAUGCCGCUACACCUGUUCCAUGUGGUGACAGACUUUAAUGAUAACCUUAUUUCAAAUAGGCAUUUCAAGUUGGUGUAUUGCAUUUGCCAUUUGUUAGGCAUGACAUCCUGUUGUCUUAAUCCAAUUCUAUAUGGAUUUCUUAAUAAUGGGAUUAAAGCUGAUUUAAUAUCCCUUAUACACUGUCUUCAUAUGUCAUAAUUCUCAUUGUUUAUAAAGGAAUGGGCAAGUGGGAUAGUCUAAAAUAUACUUAUGAUAACUAAGUAUGUAUAAUCAGAAAUUUUGUUAACAUGGAAUUUAAGUUCUGGAUUUGAAUGUCACUUCAUAAUAUAGAGAAGAUAAUUUUAAUGUGUUAUAAUAUGAUUAACUUAUUUAGUUGUACAGAGUCAAUGUCAAUCCAAUCUGUAAUUUCUUUUUAAAAAGUAGUUGUAUUACCUUCUAUUUCAUGUUGUCUUUCUUAUAAACAAAUGAAUUGUAUUUUUUUGUUCUAAAUAAAAGUUGUAUUUGGCCAACUCA